AUGGCCGAGCCCGUUCCAGUUCGAGCCGGAACGACACGGCCACAACGGCCAGAAGACCAUCUCGCGCCAUUCCCACCAGUCCAAAGCACAAGCACACCGGCAACGGAGCAAUUGAACGCGUCCAGCAAAGAACCGACACAAACUAAUAAAGGAACGGCACAUUGCGGCGCCUCCCACAACAUCCCGCCCCUCCCAACAGUCGUCGCCCGCAUCCACGCUCGCGUACAAGCCUUCCUAGCCGAAUCCCACCCCCCAGACUCCCUCCUAGCCUCAGUCCAGCGCCAAACCCGCAUCGCCCUAGACGUGGUCGCCACAGCCCUGAAGCGGUACAAGCUCUCGGAACUGUCGGUCUCCUACAACGGCGGCAAGGACUGUCUAGUCCUCUUAAUCAUCUUCCUGGCGGGUCUGCACCCAUCCGUCAACACCACCACCACCACCAACACAUCCAACGGUACUUUUUCCUCCGAAGGCGAAACCGAACAAUCACACCUCUCAGCACAGGCCCUCGCAGAAGCCGAGGCCCAAAUCGCUGCGGCAACUUCCAUCCCAUGCAUCUACGCACUCCCCCCAGACCCAUUCGACGCAGUGGAGGAUUUCGUCGUCACCUCUGCGGAAGCAUACCAUCUCUCCAUAAUGAAAUAUACGACUGCGCCACCCGCCACGACCCUGCGCUCCAGUUUUGAGGAUUACCUAUCCCGAAACCCGAAUAUCAAGGCUAUAUUUGUGGGGACGAGACGGACGGAUCCGCACGGGGCGCAACUGACGCAUUUCGAUCGGACAGAUGGGGGAUGGCCUGAUUUUGUACGGAUUCAUCCUGUUAUUGAUUGGCAUUAUGCGGAGAUCUGGGCGUUUAUUCGGCAUCUUGGUUUGCGGUAUUGUUCGCUUUAUGAUGAGGGGUAUACUAGUCUUGGUGGGACGUCGGAUACGCAUCCUAAUCCGCGAUUGAGGCAGGGGGUUGAUGGGCAGGAAAGGGAUUAUCUUCCUGCUUACCAGCUUACUGAGGAUAUGGAGGAGAGACUUGGUCGGAAUUGA